CUGUCGCAAACAAAGCUCCGGACGUGAUAGAAUCCCACCCUGGUGUUGAAGGAGUUAUCGUUCACGUGGGCAUAUGAUUUCCCCAAGCAGAAAUCUGAACUCUUAAAACAGGACUUUGUCCAUCUGUUUAAUAUCCUCACUUCCCUAAAACGUAAGAUCCUCAUCUCCCGAACCAGUUCCCAGUUCCCUGGCUGCUCUCUGCCUGCUCUCUGCCCUUCUGCCGCUUGCGUUGUGCCUUUGGUGGACAGUUUGAAUAUCUUCUAGAAACGGGUGGAACUUUUCGGUCCAGAUUGUCUUCACCAUGGACCCAUCUGCUCGAACGUAACACACAGAAUUGCCCCUCAGCUGUAGUGACCGGAAACGACCGGCCCACCACCGAACGAUGUCCGUCAGGUCCCUCCCUGUCCCUGAUCUGAUUGGAUCCACAUCAAAUAUAGGUAUCUUAAUGUCAAGAGGAUAAAACGUUGGCUGGACCAUAAUGGCGUCUUACUUUGAAGAGCACGACUGUGAGCCGACCAACGCUGAGGAACAGUAUCGGCAGAACGCUCUACUUGAACUGGCCAGGUCUUUAAUGCAGGGCUUAGACUUACUUGACUCUGGAGCGUUCGACUCGUCAGACUGGGAUCAACGUCUCCCCCCCCCAGCUGCCAAGACCGCUGUUCAGACCCUCACCGUGGUCGUCAUUUCUCCAGAGCAAGCAGACAAAGCUCUGAAGUGUCCAGUUUGUUUGGUGGAGUUUGAGGAACAAGAAACAGUUCGAGAAAUGCCCUGCAAACACCUUUUCCACGCAAAAUGCAUACUGCCCUGGCUGGGCAAGACUAACUCCUGUCCGCUCUGUCGACUUGAAUUACCAACUGACAAUCCAGAGUAUGAAGAGUUUAAAAGAGACAAGGAGAGAAGGAAACAGAGGGAACACCGGCUGGAGGAUCUACACGGAGCCAUGUACACAUGACACCACUAUGCUGUGGUGCAAGUUUGUAGCACAGUAAUGUUUUACAGAAAAUUAUUAAAAAGAAAAAUUCAAUAACUUCAGGAAAAACACAAUGCUUCAUUCAUGCCAUUUCAUUACAUAUUUUGUAAUAUAAAUGCAUCUGGAAAAACAUCUGUUAGCUUUAUAUUUAUAUAUAUAUAUAUAUUAUAGAGUAAUGACAAAUAACAGGAAUGUCUGACACUUAUAUCUCCCAGCAGCAAAAUGUAAUAUAAAAUAUGAAUAAAUGGUUUGCAAAAAAGCUGCAAUGCCAACAGCACUGAGCUCAUUGUAAAUACAAUAUAAUAUUACAAAUAUGGAAAAAUAUAAAUAACUUGUCUCUGUAAUUUCCAGGUUCCAUGCAUUUGAAACGGCAUGAAGGCAGCAUAAGCAGUAACGUUGAACAUUUUAAAUGCUCUUUUCUCAUUAGUUAGAAUAAAUUCACUAUAAUAUUAACUAUAUUUUAAGAUGAUUUUAAACAUACAUUUAUUUAAACGCACAAAAAUGCUGUAUUUGUCUUACGAAUAUUAUCUAAACACAUAUGUUUAUCAAUCAAUCUAUAAAAAGAAUAAUAUGCAUUUCCAUACAUUGUGUCUUCAACAAGGACGGACUGAAAAAGAAGUCCAGAAUGAAGUAGCAGAGUUUGAGAUAUUCUAUACUCCAGUGUGGUUCAACUCCAGAACCCUCUCAUUGUGUUUCAUGUUAGAGCUUCUCUACCUGGUAAAAAACGGCUUUCUGUGAAUGUGUCGUGUUGUCACUGAAGGAGUUGUGCUGCUCGUGCUGACUAAGCACUUUCAUGUAUAAAACUGGUUCCUCUAGUCUAGACCUUGUCCCAUGAUGUUUGAGGGAUUCUCACUUCACUUCUGGCCAGCACACAGUCAUUUGGUAUGGAUGUGUUUUGAUGUUUCUCCAUAUUGGUACAUGUGUAUUAACACAAUACUGGACCUGCAGCACUGCUCCGAGUGUGAUAUUUAAUCAGCAGUGUGUAGAGCAUGUACAAAAGUCAGCCGUUCUUUAUGUCAUCUAAAGUUGUUUCUAUUUCUGAUUACAAAUAAACAC